UGUUUACUUGAGCAACAAUCUGCUGCCAGAACAGCAAACCCAGACUCUCGAUUCCGAGUUCAAGACUCAGUCUGGAUUCCACUCUCAAAUCUUGGAGUGGGUUUUCGGCGCUUAAAGCUCUUAAGACUUUAACGCGACUUUAAUAUAUAACCAUAUACCAUACCCUAUACCAUCUACUAUACCCGUGCAUCGUCAUCUUUUCCGGAAAAGUCUGCGGCGUAACAACUGCUUCCGAAAUUGUAAAUUCACAAUGCGGCGCACAUCUCGAUUGAUUCCGUUCGGUUUCGUCAUCCUGGCUCUGGCUGUGCUCCUGCCCCUGCUGCCAUCGGCAUUCGGCCACACACGGUCCAGCUGCCAGACGCCGGAGAAGACUGAAGGGCGUUGUGUGCACUUCAGUUCCUGCCGCCUCGUCCUGCGGCACUAUGCGAUGUACAAGGAGCACAUGCCCCCAGUGAUAAUGCGAUUCCUGCAGAGGGCACGCUGCAAGCCCAAAAACCAAGGCUAUCAUUUGUGCUGCGAACUCAAAGAUGUGAUUCCAGCGAACGCCAACUCCAAGUUGAAGUAAAUCAACUUCAAAGUGCCGUCGUCAUGUGUGCAUGUGGGCUUUGAUCUGGUAAAUCAGUUGGUAGCUUUUUGUUUGGGCCCAUAACCAAAAUGUUAUGGCCGGGACUGAGAGAGACGACGCAGCCAUCGCCUGUAAUUAUAAUGUGUACACGAAUUAUGUAUUAAGUGCGAGUUUUCUCCAGUCUCGCCAGGCAACAGAUGCUGAGACAUAAUAAAAAAUAAAAAAAAGUUUAGCCUCAAUCUUGACAGCUUUUCUUGAGUUUUCUUCCCUCUGCGUGUUUUGUUUGUAUUUUAUUUAAAGCUCAGAACUGCCAAAAUCUAAAGCGCUCGGAGACUUGCAAAAAUUCCUCUGGGACAGCUGAUGAAAAUCAAAAGGGAAUUUCAACUCCAUCAGUUUGGUUUUCCUUCUUUUUUUUUUUUUAAGAUUUCUGUUGAAGUAUAUUUACCAAGAGCCCUAUUAAAAGCAUAAAUAAAUUUGAACUUGCAACACCUAGAGUUGCU